CCCGGCGGGGCCGCCAGCCUGUGGCCUCCUCCAGCAGCUGCUUUUGGCUCCCGCACCCCCUUCUCGUCCCCACAGAGGCUGUGGGCUCUGCUCAGACCGAGCGUCACCGGGCACUUCUGUGCGCCCCAGGAGGACGAGGCGACCGUCAACUGCGGCUUGGACCAAAACCAGUUCGUUAUCUCGGACAGCGCGUUCCCUGGCUCCACCCGGGUCCUUCUGAAGAGACCUUCCUUUUGUCCCAUCAAGCACCUGGAGGAGGGGCAGGCUGCUGCGCUGCCGGAGGAGCUCCGAGGCCGCGGGGUGGACGUGGGGGUGGCCGUCCUACUGCAGUCCGUCGACAGGAGAGUCUUGCUGACCUUCCCCAGCCUCUGGGUGCCCCCAGGUGGGCACCUGGAGCUGGGUGAACAGUUGCUGGAGGCGGGCCUGCGGGAGCUGCAGGAGGAGACAGGCUUGCAGCUGGAGCCAGGCAGCUUCUCCUGGAGGAUGCUGGGCCUAUGGGAGUCCGUUUACCCUCCCCUGCUGAGCCGAGGGCUGCCGCGGCGGCACCACAUCGUCGCCUACCUCUUGCUGCUUUCCACCGAGGGCCACCAGCAGCUGCAGAGGCGGAUCAAGGCGGAGGAGAGCGAGGUGAGCGCCUACGCGUGGCUGGAGGCCCCCGUGCUGGAGUCUAUCGCGGCCGUCGAGGAUGGUGCAGAGAACACGAGGCACGUGCCCAGAAACCUCCCCCCAACCAUCAAAGCCACCGAGCUGAGCGGGGGCGGGGCCCGGCCCACGGAGCUUCCUACUGCCACGUUCCUGAACACGGCUCCUGCAACGGGGGAAGACGUGGAGCGGGUCAGCACCGGGACCCGGUUUGCCCUGCGGCUCUGGCUAGGCACCAUAGCCACGCGAGACACGUGAGCAGCGGAAUCCCAGGCCCUGGCCUCCCUGCAGGGCAGACAGGUGGGGAGCGGCUGGCAAAGCAUGUCGGCUCUCAGGCCUGGUUUUACCGAGCAGGGUGCAGACCCUUCACCAAGCCGCCGGGCUGGCCAAGCAGCAGCAGGAAGGGACCAUAGGGCAUCGGGGGGGGUCUCUCUAGCCCUCCCCCUCGUGAAGGAACCCUAAACCCCGGCUGCCUAGGACAAGGAGGAAGCGUCACUGUCACGUUAACCAUGGAAGCCAGACACACCAGCAACGUGACUAGAACCUCCCCUACUGUGGCUACCCACGUCCUGCAUCGCCGAGGGGUGCACAGAAGAGAGCGUGAGCCAGCGGUCUGAGUUCAGAAUUUGCAAGCUAGGAACUCCCGUUCCAAUUCCAUCUUCCACUCACUCCUUUGUGGCUCUGCCUCAGCCCCCAUUCUAAACCAGGGGGAACUAAUUCACCCUUCUCCUCAGGUCCCAACAGCUGGAAUCCAGCUUGGGAAGGUGGUUCUGCUCCACCAGUAACUGACGCGGGUGCAGCUGGGGGGUGUUUUGAACUUUAUUGUCUAAAAGGUAGUUUGCAUAUACAGAAGUGUUCCAAAUAAAAUACCAAACAGCUGGAUAUGAAACAGACAGAAUAAAUAAACCAGAGAAAGUGGCUAGCUGCUUUGUAAAAGGU